AUGGCGCCAGUGUACAGUGAAGAGUGGGGUGUCCGUCACCGAUUCGGGUGGCCCUCCCAUGACAGAGGUGUUUGCUGGUACAUUAGAGGUUCUGCAAGAGUGGCAGUGUUUAUCGGUAAUUCUCAAUUAGGGUACGCGCCACCUAUUGCGAUGCUGGGUAACGCAUGCGAGGCGUGCGGCUUGGAGCACGUAGACGACAACACGCUCCAGUCGCAUGUGUCUAAGAAUGUCAAGUGCAGGAGGAAGAUACAGCACUCUCGUGCCCAGCGGCUGGUGGAGGCGUAUCGGGACGCGCUGCGUGCCCGGCGCGCGGCAAGGCCCCGUUCACCCGCGCGUUCAUGUCGCAGCUAUGGAGGCGACGCUGCUGAGAGGGCGGCAGUGGAUCCGGCUGCAGUUACCGAUCAACCCGACCCUCCCAACGGCGUAGAAGAGGAUAGCGACGGUGAUGAGAGUGUUAUGUCAGUGAUUGACGACGGCUUCAACACUCUGAUCGAGCUGUACAUCUUCUUCCGCGAGGCGGAUCUGUCCAGAAGGGAGGUGAACAGACUGCUCAACAUUUUUCAGAACCCUAAUUUCUCGCUGAGAGACGUGAGGCGGUGGCUCAAUUUCGUGGACCCCAGUGACCACUCGUGUGCAUGCUUGUGGCAGCUCGUGAAAAAACUGCUACGCGCAAACCACCACAUCGCGGGAUUUGUGACAAAGCCUCGGAAGGACGAGGAAGACACGGAGGAAGUGCGGCAUUACAGCACCCCCGACACGGGGAAGUGGCUGGAAGAAGCACGGGCCGCGAUUGGAGAGGAGGACUGCAUUGUGCUGGGUGUGAUUGUGUACAGCGACAGCACGCACGCCUCGAGGAAUGGCAGACUGGCGGCAUGGCCUGUCCUGAUCAGCUUGUUCAACAUCCCAGAAGCGCUACGAUGGCAGGAGCCGGGCCACGUACUGGCUGGUGUGCUGCCGUUCCCGCCAGAGUGGGCCUCAUCCACCGAGAAGACGCGCAUCUUCCAGCAGUGCAUGGAGGUCAUAUUCGAGCCCCUACUCCGCGCACACAGAGGGGCCGAAUUGCGAUGGUUUUAUGUGACGGACGCGACGGGCAAGGUGGUGAAGGCCUUUCCCUGUCUUUUCGGGCAGCUGGGGGACUUACCAGAGUCGUCUCGGUCUACAGCGACUCUGCAGCAAGGGUCACAUCGGCCGUGUUCUACCUGCUACAUGAAGGAGACACAUCUGGCAGACCUGUCGCAUAAGUCGGUGACGCGGACGGUGGAGCUACAGAGACGGGUCGUGGAAGCAAUUCAGUCGGCGACCGACAGCAAGGCGGCGGAGAAAAUCAAGAAACAAUGGUCAACACACCCGGUGCAGUGCUACUUGGAAAGAUGGAACUUCGCCGAGACCACGUGGAGAAACGUGUUUCUAGCCUGCGCGGCAGACCUUCUACACGUCCUGGACGGGGGGAUGCUACCGCGCAUGGGCAAGUGCUUCAUGGCUGGGAAGAGCAAGCCGGAGAGGCGCGAGUUUGAGAGGCGGCGCAAGGAACAGAAGAAGGACACGCGCGCAAGCGUAGUGCGCAUACCGGGGGGGACCACAUGGUUCAGCACGGGGGCGAACUACGCCGCUUUCGAGCACAGGGGAAUGAUGCAGGUGAUGCCCCUGCUUAUCGCAGACAACAUGGAGAAGAGCAAGCAGCUGGCUAAGGCGAAACGGGAACGGGAGGUGGCGGCGUUUGUGGCGUACGCCAGCUUCUACAAGGCGCUGGUGGGCGUGACAAAGCAUACCGAAAAGAUGGUGGCGGAGAUCAAGGCCGCAUUCCCUGACCAGACGUCGGACUGGAACAUCCCUAAGGUGCACCAGAUUGUGCACCUGAUUGACGGCAUACCACUGCGUGGUAUGCCGAACGAGACAUCCACCAACCUGUGGGAGCACACGCACAAGGGGACCGUGAAGGUGCCGGUCCGUGGCAGCAACUGGCACGACAUCCCGCGCCGAAUUGUCGAGGAGGAGGUGCAGCGCGAGAUUGCACGGGAGGUGGCGGCGGAAGCGGGUGGAAACAGGCAGUAUGUGACAGCGCUGCGCGAGGCAGUGCGGCGCAUGAAGCCAGUACUGACGAAGGCUUCAAAGAGGGCGCACGUGGACGAAGACAUAGACGCGGUGAUGUGGGCGUACCGCGCAGCUCACGGGUCAGACAUGGACGCACUCGCAGGGUGCAUGGUGGCGGCAGGCAUCCACACCACCACCAUCGAGGUGGGAUAUGUCGUUCGAGAAGGUGGCUGGGUGAUGGUUAAUAGCAUGUGCACACAGCCGUGGCGAUCCCCCGAACGCGGGGGGGGGGUGCUUGUGCCCAAGGGCACAUUUGUGAAGGCCAGUCCUUCUGAGCGGUGGUUUUCAGACAUCGCAGUGUACCGGUCCGACAAAGAGGAGUGGUAUGCCAGGUGCCUCUGCAUCUUCCGCGCAGAGGUGGCUGAUGGGGAGAUGGGGCGACACGUGUACGUUAAGUACUACGAGGCAGAGGGCACGUGCCCGAUGACGUCAUGCCUGCAGCUGUCUCCCGGCCGUGUGAGAACAAGAUACGCGGUGGUUCCCGUGGAGUGCAUCCAGAGGGUGGUGCACGUGUGCAAGUCCUAUGUGAACAAGCAUCGGGGACUUUGGGGUCUCUUCGAUGGGACGGAGAAGAAGCCGGACGACGAGAGCGACAUCGCGGCUUGGAAGAAGAAGGACCAAAAGGCGUUCGCUACGCUAAUCUCGCGGAUCGGCAUCAACCUCGUGAGCUCGGUGCGCACGUGCAUCAAGCUCGAAGCGUCGGCGCAUGAGGCGUGGAAGCGGCUCGAGACGAUUCACGUAAACAAGACUCUCCACGGCAAGAUCCUAGCCCGGAAUGCGUUCUACACGGUGAAGUGGCGCGCCAGCAAAUCGAUACACGAGUAUGCGACUCGUGUGGAGGAACUCGGGGAAACGUUCGUAGACCUCGGUGGAACGGUCACGGAGGAGGAUUGGAUUUUGACCUUGCUUUGCGGUCUUCCGGAAGAGUGGUCGACGGUGAUAACGACACUCGAUAGCGUGCAAGACACUUGGACAAAGGAAACGGUGGUCGGUCGGCUUCUCCAUGAGGAAUCGCGUCGCCGACAAUUCGCUAAUGAGAGCGUGGAGACCGCCAUGUUCUCCGGAGGGAGUUCCGGAGGAAAGUCCAAGUGGAGCAAGGGUGCGACGAAGAAGUCGUACGGUGGAAGCGAUCGCGGCAAGGGGAACAUGUCAAACGGCGCGAGCAAGUGCCACUAUUGCGGCAAAGCGGGACACUUUUGGCGAGAGUGUCGGAAGCGUCCGAGCGAUUGGACUCCAUCAAAGGCGCGGAACCAAGAGGGCAACGCGCACACGGCAUCCGGCGAGGCGGAUGAUACAAGGGAGUCGAUCGUGUUAUUGGCCGGUGACGGGACCAACACUCCAAACGACGCGUGGUUCCUUGACACCGGCGCAACACAACACAUGGCGCACUCGGCAUCAUUCCUCACCAACGUUGGUGCACCGGUAGACGUCACGCGCGUCGUCUUCGGAAACGGCAAGUCGCUACCGGUGGUCGGAGUUGGGAGUACGCGUCUCAUCGUCGAUGGCGGACCGGUGGACAUCACGAACGUGCUUCACGUCCCGGGAUUGAAGGUGAAUCUACUCUCCGUCACUCAACUCGCGAAGAAGGACGUGAAGGUCACCAUCGAUGGCGCGACGAUGAACCUCUUUUAG